AUGUUCCUCAGAGAAUCAGUAACUUUAAUACUUCCCAGAAAAGUAUUGACCUUUUCUAAAGUAAUGCUUGCUAAUGAUGAUGUGGAGAAGAGUAAAAAUGACAAUCAGAUACAAGAUGACAGUCAAGAUGUGUCGCUUGAGCAUUCUGAAGUAAAUACUGUUGAUAAUAUUAAACCAAAAAACUAGGAGACUCUACAUAAUUCUAGAAAGAAAAAGAAAAAUAAUGGUUUAAAAGAAAGUGUAUUUGGGAAAUACAUUGCAACUGAACUAAGAGCCUAAGAGGUCUUUCAUCC